AUGCCAGGUGGAAAUAUUAUGGAAGAAGAUCUGGUGGAUCCUGAAUGGCUAUUCAGGCAUCUUAGGUCACCGGAUGGUCCAAACAAACUUCUCAUCUUAGAUUGUAGGGCACAUUCUGAUUUCUCUGAAGCUCAUAUUAGAGGCUCUGUACCCUUAGCUAUACCUAGCAUCAUGUUAAGACGGCUGGCAGCUGGUAAAGUUGAUCUGCUGUCAACAAUAAGGUGCUUAGAUCUAAGAAACAGAGUGGAGGUGUUUUUGUGUGGUGAUGAGAAUAGUAGAGGGACAUUUAUACUGAUUGGUGACUCUACAGACCCUGCAGGACAUCAGGGUGAAACAAUUCAAGUUUUAAGUCGGAGACUUAGAAGUAGUGGAGGAUAUGUUGCUAUUUUAAUGGAUGGUUUUGGAGCAUUCAGAGAUAGAUACCCUGAAUGGUGUGAGGGUAGUCAAGCCAGUGGUGAAGGUCCCCCAGGUCAGGAUUCUAAUGACGGUGAAUUAAUGGGUCUCAGAUCCCUUCGAAUUUCCACACCACCUACGAGAUCAUAUUCAGAUUCCGAUAGUGAUAGCACAUGUGAUUCUGUUGGACCUGAGGAGGAUAAAGAUUUUCCAGUUGAAAUUCUACCCCAUUUGUACCUUGGAAACGCAGCGAAUAGUGAAGACAGGGAAGCCUUGGCGCGUCAUAGAAUACAGUACAUUCUGAACGUAACCCCAGAUUUGCCAAAUGUAUUUGAAAGCGCUGGUUCGAUAAAAUACAUGCAAAUACCCAUAAGCGAUCACUGGAGCCAGAAUCUAGCUAGUUUCUUUCCACAAGCAAUUCAGUUCAUUGAGGAGGCUCGAAGUUCAGACAAAGGAGUGCUGGUUCACUGUCUGGCCGGAGUGUCUCGGUCCGUCACUAUCACUGUAGCCUACCUUAUGCACAAGUGCAGUCUCAGCUUAAACGAUGCCUUCAACCUAGUGCGCAGCCGAAAAUCUAAUGUGGCUCCGAAUUUCCAUUUUAUGGAGCAAUUGCACAGUUUUGAGAAAGAACUAAGGGAUAGAGGUGACAGAAGUAGCAGGGGGAAUGAUCAGAGGUGUAUCGGAGCGUGCCGGCCUGGAGGACCAUGUAAUUGUCCAGCUCCCAGCUUCCUUAGUCCCAUAGAUCUGGGCCUUAGCCCGGAUUCUGGAAUAGAAUUCGACAGGUGGGCAUCAAGUACACCGGCAGAAUGAGACGGGCCAGGGGGGACCCAAUACAAAUUUUAGGUCCCUCCUAGUACGCCGCCAUAGUAACAAGGGAAGCCCUAAUUGAAGGGUGCGGGAAUGAAAAUUUACAUUUCUGCUAAGAGAGAAAUAAUAUCUUAAGGCGAGAAACGCAAUGAUCGUAGUAGAUUGCAAUGUCAAAUAUACUACGACAAUUAAAAGUUUGGAAUAACUAGAUAUUUUUUAAAAAUCAGAGAUUUUCAUUUAAAAAAUUUACAAUUUUAAAUUAGCUUAAAAACUGUUUAAUUACUAGUUAAAUUUAUUAUUAAUAACUGUGCAGUAUUAAUUCUGAAUUAACAGAAGAAAUAGCGAAAGAUUCACAAUUACUACAACAAGCGGGUGAUUUUAAACUUUUGUGUACUAGGUCGUGCACAGUGAAAGAAAUACGAUGAACUCAAACAAAAUUGUUAAAACGGCUGAGCCUUUCUAGUAUUUUUCUAUCCAGUAACAGAAAUUGUUUCUGUUGAGGCUUUGCAAGCCACGGUUCUAUGCUAUCGCUUCAGGAAAAAAAGUUAAAGGAUAUGAAUAAUGGACACAAUAUAGUUUCUCUUUCAGAGGAUGAUUUUUAAUUUGACGAAACUACGGUUGUAAAUUUUUAUCUAAGCGUAAGUGUUGUUAUAAUUUAGGGGGGGGGGGGAAAUAGGUAGGACUGCUACAAAAGGGUUCUAUGACUCUUUCGUUUCUAAGUUGUCGCGAUAUAGUGUUAAACACUGAAAGUAUUUUGUAAAUUUAACUCUGUACUUUCUUACAAAUAAUUAAUGUAAUUGUAAUAUCAAGAUGAUCGGCUAAAAAUUCAAGAUUCUUUUUUUAAUAGCGUUUGAAUUCGUUCGACUCUCGAUCCAUUUCUAGGAUACAAUUUUAUACAUAUGAGAUAUCUAUAUUUUUAAUACUUGUUCCCAGAACCCUUCAAUUAAUGAGGCUGUGUUUGAUUUUAUCGCGGGUGAUGCUUAUUCAAAGCGAAAUGAAAUGAAAUAUAAAUCGUAAAACAGGCAAUCAUAAGUAGUUGAAUUUAAAAAAUAAUUAAUUACAACUGUGCUUGAUAAAAAGAUCACUCUAUGUUUAAGUUCAGAGGUACAAAAAGAAUUGAAAAACUCUCGCGUACUCGGCAAUUUAGAUUAUUAUAAUAAAAAAAAGAAAAGGUAUAUACAUACAAAGAUUAUGAUUCGAUACUACUCGAACGUAAUUUUUGACAUAAUUUUUCAAAUCCACAAAAGUGACUUAUCUUGAGAAGGGUACAUAUUUUCCGGUGCAAUUCUGACUUUUAAAGAUUUGCAACCUUGUGUGCACGUUCUCUAUCUCUGUCUGUCUCUAUCUCUUUCAAGUAAUUAAUCUUGGUUAAUAAUCGAUUAAGAAAUACAUCUUUAUGGAUCGGUGCAUUUCUAUAGGGCAUUCCGAAACUUCUAUUUCCGAGAUAAAAAAUCAGGGUCGUCGUAAAUGCAUAUAAGAAGAAAAAAGAGUUAUGGAACGGAAAAGAAUUGACAAAAAAUUGAUUUUAUCAUGAGUUAAUCAAUCGAAGAAAAAAUUAGACAAAUCGUACACGUAUUAUACCUCAGAAUUCUGAUAAAGAAAUUUAUUUAUAAAAAUGUACGACAGUCGUGAUCCUUAUCGUCGAUAUGAGAUGGAAAAAAGGAAGAGACACUGAUUAAUUAUAGAUACACAUAUACGACGAUAUAUAGCAAUUUGAAAUACUAAAAUAUUCUUAAUUGUACGAUCCAAUACUGUUUCUAUUGUCUUACAGAUCUCAGAUUAUAUAUUUCAAAUUAUUUUUGUAAGAAAAAAAGCAAAGAACGAAAAAAGAUUACGGAAAUCGCAUAUUCACAUUCCCACGAGCCACAAAUUACCUGAUGAUACUGUAAAAAAGAAACAAAGGAUAAAAAAACUAUCUUUCGUGUAUUGUAUGUAUUGUUCAUCGAGCAUAAUUGAAGUUAAUGAGUGUACACAGUGAAUGUUAUUAUUUUUCAUUGUAAUUAACUACAAAGUUGCAAUCGGCUCUCGGCUCAUUCACGAGGGUGAAUUGACAUACAACUAGGAAAAACAAAAAAAAGUAUAUAUAUAUAUAUAUAUAUUUGACGUUAAUGUAAUAACAAUAUUCUACUAUUACACUGUUGUCUGUUGUAUGUUUGUCGGGCGUAACGCUCGAACGAUUUAAUCAAAUAUUAUGUAUAUUACAUAAAUUAUUAUUUUAUAUUCAUCGUUGUACAUAUAUUUUAAUUGAUUAAUUUUCAUUUCAAAAUACACAGCUUAUUCUUACCUGAACUGAAAUGAAAGCAACUGAUCUUUAUAAAAGGAAAAAAAGAAGAAGGAAGAAAGUGGAACGUGUUUUCUUUUUUGGGUGAACGAAGAUUGUUUCUCAAAUAUGGCAAAAUGUACUUUUAUUAGUAAUGAGAUAAUUAUAAUGUUUAAAUCAUCAGAUUGCAAAAAAUAUAAGAAACCUAUUUAACGCAAUA